AUGUUGAGAACUAUAAGGUCGUCUCAGCGUUUGUUGCACGCUUCUAGAUUUAGCCAUGUUGGUGGCAUGUCUGCUGUUGCGAACAUAAAUGCCAAUCGUACUGUUUUGCUACGUGGUUUUGCUAGUGGAUCUUCCAUGGACAAUUUCUUGUCAACUACCAACGCUGCGUAUAUCGAUGAAAUGUACGAGGCCUGGCAAAAGGACCCAAGCUCUGUCCAUGUGUCUUGGGAUGCCUAUUUCAAAAAUAUGGGUAACUUAAAUAUUCCAGCUUCUUCUGCAUUUACUGCGCCACCAACUCUAAUGCCUCUGCCAACUGGCCCAGGUGUACCACACGACCUACCUCUAGGUGGAUCUCUACAUGCUGUUGAUCAAGAUGUUACCACCCACUUGAAAGUCCAACUUUUGUGUCGUGCCUACCAAGUUAGAGGUCAUCAAAAGGCACAUAUCGAUCCAUUACAGAUCUCCUUCGGUGAUGAUAAAAGCAAGCCUUUACCUCGCGAGUUGACUUUAGAGCACUAUGGCUUCACAGAAAAGGACUUGGACAGGGACAUUACAUUGGGCCCUGGUAUCUUGCCUCGUUUUGCUACUGAAACCAGAAAGACCAUGAAGUUGAGAGAGAUUAUUGCAGCUUUGGAAAAGUUAUACUGUUCAAGUUAUGGUAUUGAAUACAUUCAUAUUCCAUCUAGAGAACAAUGUGAAUGGUUAAGAGAAAGAAUUGAGAUUCCAAAGCCUUAUAACUAUACCGUUGACCAAAAGAGACAAAUCUUAGAUAGACUGACUUGGGCAACUUCAUUCGAAACUUUCUUGUCCACAAAGUUCCCUAAUGAUAAGAGAUUUGGUUUGGAAGGUUUGGAAGGUGUUGUUCCUGGUAUCAAGACCUUGAUUGACCGUUCCGUUGAGUUGGGUGUUGAAGAUGUGGUCUUGGGUAUGGCUCAUCGUGGUAGAUUAAACGUCUUAUCUAACGUUGUUCGUAAGCCAAACGAAUCCAUCUUCUCAGAAUUCAAGGGUUCCGUUACCCCAGAAGAGUUUGAAGGUUCCGGUGAUGUCAAAUAUCAUUUGGGUAUGAACUACCAAAGACCAACCACAUCUGGUAAAUACGUUAACCUUUCCUUAGUCGCAAAUCCAUCCCAUUUGGAAGCUGCAGACCCUGUCGUCUUGGGUAGAACAAGAGCAAUCCAAUUCUCUAAGAAUGAUAUUGGUAAAUAUGAGAAGGCUAUGAGUGUGUUGUUGCAUGGUGAUGCUGCGUUUGCCGCUCAAGGUGUUGUUUAUGAAACUAUGGGUUUCUUACAUUUGCCUGCAUACUCUACUGGUGGUACUAUACAUAUUAUUACCAAUAACCAAAUUGGUUUCACAACUGAUCCAAGAUUCGCUAGAUCUACGUUAUAUCCAUCUGAUUUAGGUAAGGUUAUUGAUGCACCUAUCUUCCACGUUAAUGCUAACGAUGUGGAAGCUUUGACCUUUACAUUCAACUUGGCAGCUGAAUGGAGAGCUACCUUCCACACCGAUGCUAUCAUUGAUGUUGUUGGUUGGAGAAAGCAUGGUCAUAAUGAAACUGACCAACCUUCGUUUACUCAACCAUUAAUGUACCAAAAGAUCUCAAAGCAAAAGUCUGUCAUUGAUGUUUACACCGAAAAGUUAGUUUCUGAAGGUUCAUUCACAAAGCAGGAUAUUGAUGAACACAAGAAAUGGGUUUGGGGCCUAUUUGAAGAAGCUUAUGAAAAGGGUAAAGACUACAAGCCAACGUCUAGAGAAUGGUUGACGGCUGCUUGGGAAGGUUUCAAGUCUCCAAAGGCCUUGGCAAGCGAGAUUUUGCCUCAUGAACCAACCAAUGUAGAUGCUGAAACUUUAAAGAAGAUUGGUAAGGUUAUCUCUUCUUGGCCUGAAAACUUUGAAGUUCACAGAAACCUGAAGAGAAUUCUUUCUAACAGAGCCAAGGCUGUAGAGUCUGGCGAAGGUAUUGACUGGUCUACCGGUGAAGCCUUGGCCUUCGGUUCCUUGUUGCUAGAAGGUUACCACGUUAGAGUUUCUGGUGAGGAUGUUGAAAGAGGUACCUUCUCUCAAAGACAUGCGGUCUUGCACGACCAAAAAUCUGAGAAUGUGUACACACCUUUGCAGCACAUUUCUGACAAACAGGCUGAAUUCACUAUCUGUAACUCUUCAUUAUCUGAGUACGGUUGUAUGGGUUUCGAAUAUGGUUAUUCUUUGACUAACCCAGACUACUUUGUUCAAUGGGAAGCACAAUUUGGUGAUUUUGCCAACACUGCCCAAGUUAUCAUUGAUCAAUUCAUUGCAGGUGCUGAAGUCAAGUGGAAGCAAAGAUCCGGUUUAGUUUUGUCCUUACCUCAUGGUUACGAUGGACAAGGUCCAGAGCACUCAUCCGGUAGACUAGAAAGAUUCUUGCAAUUGGCUAACGAAGACCCAAGAUACUUCCCAAGUGAAGAAAAGUUGCAAAGACAACAUCAAGAUUGUAACUUCCAAAUUGUCUACCCAACUACCCCAGCUAACUUAUUCCAUAUUUUAAGAAGACAACAACACAGACAAUUCCGUAAACCAUUGGCCUUGUUCUUCUCUAAACAAUUGCUACGUCAUCCAUUAGCCAGAUCUCAGUUGAGUGAAUUCACUGAAGGUGGCUUCCAAUGGAUCAUUGAAGAUGUUGAACUAGGUAAGUCCAUCGGAACAAAGGAAGAAAUCAAGAGAGUUGUUUUACUAUCAGGUCAAGUUUACACUGCAUUGCACAAAAAGCGUGAGGCUAUUCAAGACAAGACCACUGCCUUUAUUAAGAUUGAGCAAUUGCACCCAUUCCCUUACGCUCAAUUGCGUGACGCUCUAAACUCUUAUCCAAACCUACAAGAUAUUGUUUGGUGUCAAGAAGAGCCAUUGAACAUGGGUGGAUGGGCCUAUGCUCAACCAAGAUUGGAAACUACUUUGAAGGAAACUGAUAAGUACAAGGAUUUCGCUGUUAGAUAUGCUGGUAGAAACCCAAGCGGCUCUGUCGCAGCAGGUUCUAAGGCCUUGCACACCGCUGAAGAAGAAGCUUUCUUGAAAGAGGUUUUCGGUCAGUAA